GUUAGCGGGUCUCUCAUCGAUCUGCUGCCCUGUGUAUCUGGAGCGUUAGCGAUUAAUUUCCAGCAACAGUUCACGACCGGUCGGGAACUUUUCACACCAACUUUUGUACCACUGUGAUCUAAUCAGGACCCACAAAACAAAUAAUAAUGGAUGUAACAUCAGUCUGCUGGACUCUGCUGGCUGCCUGUCUUUUGUUGAUCGUGUCUGCAGACCAGAAAAAAAUCACAGCUAAAUAUGGACAAAAGAACGUCACUCUGCCAUGUCGAGCGCCAAACAACAACAUCAUAGUUGUAAAAUGGAGCAGAGCUGACCUGGGAGAACAAUGUGUCCUUCUGUACCGGGAUGAGCAGUCGGAUCCAGAGCACCAGCAUCCAUCUUUUAAGAACCGGGUGGAUCUGCAGGACAGAAAGAUGAAGGACGGAGACGUGUCUUUGAUUCUGAAGAAUGUGACGACUGCUGAUAAUGGAAAAUACGAUUGUCGUGUCUUCAUGAGAGAAACACGCUCAUGGAAACCCAUCAGCAUCAUCUACCUGAGUGUUGUUGAUCCUCCAGGUCAGCCAGGAGGAGACACAGAGGAUGGAGGGAAGGAGGAUGGAUCUGUUGGACUGAUACAGCUGCUUAUCACAGGAUUGGCUCAGCUGCUCCAGCCUGAUGACUCUGACAUCUGA